AUGAACAAAAAAUAAAAAUAAAAAGAAAGACAGAAAAGCAGUGCUUCCCGGCCCCGUGAGCAGCCUCCCUCCCGCCCUCCUCGCUCCCGGCAGGUAGGGACGGAGCAUGCCCGGCUUCGCCACGCGCCGCUCACCGCCGUGACCAGGGAGCGCCGCCCGCCCGGCCGCGAGCCAAGCUGGAGAACCUAGAGCAGGUCCUGAAGCACAUGCGCGAGGCCGCGGAGAGGCGGCAGCAGCUGGAGCUGGAGCAUGAGCAGGCCCUGGCUGUCCUCAACGCCAAGCAGCAGGAGAUCGACCUUCUGCAGAAGGCUCAGGUGGAAGCGAAGAAGGAGCAUGAGGGCGCCGUGCAGCUGCUAGAGUGCAAGGUGCGGGAGCUGGAGGACAAGUGCCGGGCGCAGAGCGAGCAGUUCAGCCUCCUGUCGCGGGACCUGGAGAAGUUCCGGCAGCACGCGGGCACCAUCGACCUGCUGGGCGGCUCCCUGGCCCCCCUGGACGCCCCCCUGGCCCCCGGCAGCAAGCCCUUCCCGCAGUUCAUGAACGGACUCGCGCCCUCCAUCGGGGCAGGUCAGGACGGCCCCUUCGGAAGCCGCGCUGUGAUUGGGGACUACAUCCAGCCCCGCCCGCUGCCCGGGGACACGCAGGCGCCUCCGUCCGCCAAGCCCCCCUUUCUGUCCAGGUCUGGAAGCUCAAGAUGCAGAUUUGAGUCCGAUAUGGACAAUGAGCGGAACGCCAACCCCCCGAAGCAGAGGUACUCAGGGAAGGUGCACCUGUGUGUGGCCCGCUACAGCUACAACCCCUUCGACGGCCCCAAUGAGAACCCAGAGGCCGAGCUGCCGCUCACGGCGGGGAAAUACCUCUACGUCUACGGGGACAUGGACGAGGACGGCUUCUACGAAGGUGAGCUCCUGGGCGGGCAGAGGGGGCUGGUGCCCUCCAACUUCGUGGACCUGGUGCAGGACAGCGAGGCCCGGCUGAGCGCGCUGGAGACCGAGCAGAACCUCCUGAACCAGGCGGGCCUGGGCCUGGGCCUGGGCCUGGGCGGGGAGGACCCCCUGGACCUGCACCCGCCCUCCCCCCCGGCCCCGGGCCCCGACGACGACGGCGUGGGGACGCUGGACGUGAGCAUCGACGACCUCGGCGAAGACCUCGUGCCUUAUCCCCGGAAGAUCACCCUCAUCAAGCAGCUGGCCAAGAGCGUGAUCGUGGGCUGGGAGCCGCCGGCCGUGCCGCCGGGCUGGGGCCCCGUGGGCGGCUACACGGUGCUGGUGGACCAGCAGCCGCGCCUGAGCCUCCCGCUGGCCGGCAGGACCAAGGCGCUGAUCGAGAAGCUGAGCGUGGCCGCCUGCACCCACCGCGUGUCCGUGCAGUGCGUGACCAGCCGGGGCAGCUCGGACCAGCUGCGGUGCACGCUGCUCGUGGGCAAGGAGGUGGUGGUCGCCCCGUCCCAGCUGCGGGUGGACAACGUCACGCCGACCUCCGCGCAGCUCUCCUGGCUGCCCACCAACAGCAACUACAGCCACGUGGUGUUCCUGGACGGGCAGGAGCUGGGCGUGGUGCGGGCCGCCCGGUACCAGUACCAGCUGCUCAACCUCAGGCCGGGCACCGCCUACAAGGUCCGCGUGCUGGCCCGCCCCCACCAGGUGCCCUGGCAGCUGCCCCUGGAGCAGAGGGAGAAGAAGGAGGCCUUUGUGGAGUUCUCCACGCUGCCCGCCGGUCCCCCGGCUGCCCCCCAAGACGUCACCGUCCAGGCGGGGGCCGCCCCAGCCACUGCCCAGGUCUCCUGGAAGCCGCCCGCCCUGAGCGCCGCUGGGCUGUCCAAUGGGGCCACCGUCACGGGCUACGGCGUGUACGCAAAGGGGCAGAGGGUGGCCGAGGUCGCCGCCCCCACGGCGGAUGGCGUGGCCGUGGAGCUGGUGCGGCUGCGCAGCCUGGACGCCAAGGGCGUGACGGUGCGGACCCUCUCGGCCCAGGGCGAGUCCGUGGACUCCGCCGUCGCCGCCGUCCCCCCCGACCUCCUGGUGCCUCCCGCCCCCCCGAGAGCGCCCACCCCGAAGCCAUUAGCAAGUGCCGGAGCCCCCGAAACCAAAGAUGACCGCCCGGGUCCCCACGUCCACGCGGACGAGGCCUGGGAGCAGGGCCGGGCGCCUUCCCUUGGGCACACGCUGGAGCUCCCGGGCCUGCCCGGCCGGCGCUCGCCCUCGCCCAGCCGGAUCCUCCCGCAGCCGCAGGGCGCCCCCGUGUCCACCUCCGUGGCCAAGGCCAUGGCCCGGGAGGCCGCGCAGAGGGUGGCCGAGAGCAGCAGGUUAGAGAAAAGGAGCGUGUUCCUGGACAGGAGCGGGCAGUACGCCAACUCGGACGAGGAGGACGGCUACGAGUCCCCCGACGUCAGGAGGAGGGGCGCCUCCGUGGACGACUUCCUGAAGGGCUCCGAGCUGGGCAAGCCGCUGCACUGUUGCCAUGGAGACGAGUACCACACGGAGAGCAGCCGGGGCUCGGACCUGUCGGACAUCAUGGAGGAGGAUGAGGAGGAGCUGUGCUCAGAGAUGCAGCUGGAGGGAGGGAGGCGGCGGCCCAGCGGCACGUCCCACAGCGCCCUCAAGGAGUGCUCUAGGCAUAGGACCUCGGACGGGGCGUUCCCGGAGCCGCCCGAGGGCCCCCCGCAGGCGCCACACAGUGCGCGGCUGUUCAGUAUCCCCGAAGUAGCCGAGGAGGACGCGGAGCCCUGUGAGUUCCUGCACAGACAGGGCGUAGGGUGCCCGUCCAGGGCCCGGGAGCCCCGGCGCGCCAGGCCCUGCCGGGGGCACCAAGCUCCCCGGGGCUCCCGGGGCUCCGCGAAACCCAGGGGCCCCCACGCCGAGGACUUCCUCCACGAAGACCGGGGCUGCCGGGUCGGCCGCUCGGCCACCAGGAGCCCAGACAGCGGCCUGGACUGCGGGAGCGAAGAAGAGGACCCGCGAUUGAGCCUCAGGAGCGAGGCCGCCACGGGCAGCCCGGGCCCCGGGCCCUGUCCCUGCAGGACCCUCCGGCCCCUGCUGGCCCGGCGGCGGACGCUGACCCGGCAGACCAGCAUCGAGGAGGACUUUGGGGAGCAGGACCCCAGCCCCGUCGUCAGGAGCGACGACCCCCGCCCGAGCCCGGAGAGGCCGGCCCCCAGGAAGCCUGGCUGGGACCAGCCCGCGGGGCCCAACGUCUGGAGGAAAAGCAUAAAAACGCCCCACAGUAGGGCGCCCGCCCAGCACCCACAGGCGGCUCCCCGAGUGGCAGACGGCCCCGCGAUUUUAGGAAACCCGGCGUCUGCAGGACGGGCGGACAGGGCGGAGCACGGGGGCCGGAGGUAUCCUCACGGAGGCGCCGGCCCGCAGAGGUCCCGGCCGGUGGCCCCGUCCAUCGAUGACUACGGGGACCGGGACCGGCUGUCCCCCGACUUCUACGAAGAGUCCGAGACGGACCCUGGCGCCGAGGAGCCCCCGGCGCGCAUCUUCGUGGCCCUGUUCGACUACGACCCUCUGAGCAUGUCCCCGAACCCCGACGCCGCCGAGGAGGAGCUGCCCUUCAAGGAGGGACAGAUCAUCAAGGUCUACGGCGACAAGGACGCCGACGGCUUCUACCGCGGGGAGACGUGCGCGCGGAUCGGCCUCAUCCCCUGCAACAUGGUCUCUGAGAUCCAGGCCGAGGACGAGGAGAUGAUGGAGCAGCUGCUGCGACAGGGCUUCCUCCCGCUCAACACGCCGGUGGAGAGGAUAGAGAGGAGCAGGCGAGGUGGCCGGCAGCAGGCGGUGUCCACGCGCAGGAUGGUGGCCUUGUACGACUACGACCCCAGAGAGAGCUCGCCCAACAUCGAUGUCGAGGCCGAGCUCACCUUCUGCACGGGCGACAUCAUCUCCGUCCUCGGGGACAUCGACGAGGACGGGUUCUACUACGGGGAGCUCAAUGGGCAGAAAGGCCUGGUGCCGUCCAACUUCCUGGAAGAAGUGCCUGACGACGUGGAAGUGUACCUCUCGGACGCCCCGGCCCGCCGCCCACCGGACACGCCCGCGCGCUCCAAGGCCAGACGGGUGCCUCCUGAGGGGGCAGGCCCGGCCCGGAGAGCGCCGUCCCCCACGGCCCAUCUCCACGCGGGGCCCCCUGCGCCGGCUGUGGGUGCCGGCGGCCCCGGGAGAGGCAGGGGCGUGUCCUCGAGGAAGAAGAAGGGGCUGCUUUUCAAAGGCAAGAGGCUGCUGCAGAGGCUGGGCGCCGUCAAGUGACCGGACACCUCCGCGCGGUCCACUCCCCACCGGGGCUCCCGAGACUCGCGC